UGCCAUCAUCCCCACCACCAACCGCCUCCCAAUUUCUCCCGCGUUCUUUGGAUUUCCUCCUAGUGGAUCCUAAGUGAUCGAAGAGGCGCUAUUGCUCGUGCUCUGUCGCUUCCUCCCGCCCCCCACUUCCCCGCUUCCUGCAGCGCCUGCUUUCCCGCUCGCCUCUGGGGCUACCUCCGCCCCAGACCAAGAGACGCCGGGAGCGGGAGGCGCUCGGCUGGGAUGGCAGCCGGCGCAGCGCGGGGCUAAAGCCCGACCGGGUCCCACCCCGCCUUCCCCCCGCCUCCCCGCCAUGGCCAAGCAAUACGACGUGCUCUUUCGCCUGCUGCUUAUCGGGGACUCCGGCGUGGGCAAGACCUGCUUGUUGUGCCGCUUCACCGACAAUGAGUUCCACCCUUCGCACAUCUCCACCAUCGGAGUUGAUUUUAAAAUGAAGACUAUAGAAGUAGAUGGAAUUAAGGUCCGAAUCCAGAUCUGGGAUACUGCAGGCCAGGAACGGUAUCAAACUAUCACUAAACAAUACUACAGACGUGCCCAGGGGAUAUUUUUGGUUUACGAUAUUAGCAGUGAGCGCUCAUAUCAGCACAUAAUGAAGUGGGCCAGCGAUGUGGACGAAUAUGCUCCAGAUGGUGUCCAGAAGAUCCUCAUUGGGAAUAAAGCAGAUGAGGAGCAGAAGAGGCAAGUGGGCCGAGAGCAAGGCCUCCAGCUAGCUAAGGAAUACGGCAUGGAUUUCUAUGAAACAAGUGCCUGUACCAACUUGAACAUCAAAGAGUCUUUCACCCGUCUGACAGAGCUGGUCCUGCAGGCUCACAAGAAGGAUCUGGAAGGACUCCGCACUUGCGCAGCUGAUGAACUGAAUGUGGUUGAACUGGAAGAAGAAGCAAGCAAGCCGCAGGGCUCAGACCAUUCUCCCAAAACCUGCUGGUGUUGAAAGCCUCCCAGCGUCCUUUUCCCUCACGUCCUCAGUGCAGGUAGAAAAGUUGCCGCUUAGAGAGGGCUGACUCGCUGUACUCCGUCCCUCUUGUCUUUGGUUGCCAGUUUGCCCGCCAUCUGCCCUGUGGGAUCCUCUUUGCAUUUCCUGGUGUUUCUCCUUGAUUGGUGGUUUCCGUUGCCCCCAAACUCCCUGGAUCCAAAUACCUUCAGAUGGCUCACACUAUGCAGAACAUGAUCCUGCUGUCUUCACGGGGGAGCUGUGGUUAGCAGUCAUGGCUGAGGCUUGUUCAAUAAUUCAUCAGACUCCAGAUUCUCUGAAGUCUUGCCUAUAUCGGUGGGUAACCGGCUUGGGGCUAAGCCUGCUCCCUAAGAAUGGGAGAAGGGGUCCCCCUGUCCCAUUCACUGUCCUCCAGCCAGAUCCUCUAUAGCAGGCCUGUAGGUGGCUUCCCCCCCCCAUGUGCUUUGCCACCUCAUUACUGGGUUCGUCCAAAUGCUUAUGUAGCAUUGCACUCGGGCUCGGGGCUUUCCAGCUGCUUUGGGUGUAUCUUUCUUAUUUCUCAUAACUGGGUUCCCUGAAAUUCAUCUCAGCACAAAACAAACAAAAGACCUCUUGUGCUGCUAAGCGGCAGCUCUGGGAAUAAGAAGAAUCUGUCCCUAAAGAAAAGGGGCCACAUGGGUAAAUUUGCACCUCGAGCUGUUAAUAAGGUUUGCCUCUUCCCAGGCUAGAUUUCCAUUCUAGACUACAUUAGAGCCCGCUGUCAAAGGGCAAUCAGGAAGACCCUUUCCUGUGAUUAACUCCGAAAGUCACAGGAAGCUUCCCGUUCUGCGUAUUUUUGGAGGACCUCAGCCAAUCAGGUAUCUACUUAUAUUAAUCUCUCUGGACCAGAGGAAGCAGAAAUUCUGCUCUCUGUGGCAUGUGUCCAGACCUGCCUUUGAUUGCCUCCUUUGAAUGAUUCCCCCAACGAUCGGCCGGAGCUCUGAUCAAGGAACAGAUUCUGUCAUCUGUGCAUCAGACCUUUUUUUAUCAUUUCUUGCUUUCAAGGUCUAACUUGUAAGAAGCUUGCUCUAAAUCCAUCUGUAUCCUCUCUUUAGAAUUUUCUCUGCAAGCUUCUGAAAUUUAGUCCAGGACACUCGGAGGACAGGGAGACUUUUGCCAUGUGCCACUAACAUGCUAAGUUACAACAGACUAAAACCAGCCUCUCUGCAUGUUGCACCAGCAUUGCCCUCUUGUCUUGGCAUUUACUUGCUUGGUGGGGGGGGAAGCCUGACACAUUCAGUGGCAUGCCUGGUACUCUUAUAUGCCGCCUGUUCCAGGGUAGCGGUUCCUUGUGUGCCAAAACCAUGGAGCUGCUAAGAUAACUCUCUUAUAUAUGUAUUAGAAAUGGACCAUAGCUGAUAUUCCACAAAGAGCAGGUGUUUACUGGAGGCUUUGGGUGAUGUGGAAUUACAGUUUGGGGGUCCUUUAUUUGGCCUUUAGCAUAUGACUUUAGCCAAAGCCAGUCAGUCCAUUCCAAAUGGUUUGUGUGGCUUUUGCUGCUAGAUAAACUGUCUCUUUCUAACAAAAUCUGGAUGACAAAUGGAUCUAUAUUCCUUCGCUCUUUUCCUUCUUCUCUAUAUUGGAAUUGACUGUUUUGCUUAAGCAAGGAAAGGGGGAAGCAGUAUCAAUAAGACAGGAUUGGGGAAAAUGCCAUAGAGUGGAAAUAAGUGCUGGCUGACAUGACAUAAGUCAAGAACAAGGAACCCACAUUCUUCUAGAAUCUAGAGGUUAUUGAGUUUUAAGCAUCCCUGUUUAUGCCACCUGGGACAGUUUGGUUCCUGGAAGGUCAUAAAUUCCCCUCUUCAAUGUCCUCUGAAAGGUAGAAGGUUUUGAAGCUCUGAAAAGCUCUUAUUUUGAAAUAGCUCGCUUGACCUCUUUCCUUGGGUUGGAUGGAUUUGAACUGGUGUCAAGACAUUACAAUAAGUGGAAACACUGAUAUUCUACCCAACUGUGCCUGUUACUGGCAGAAGGAUUCUUGUGCUACAGAUUGCGGAGGGGGACUACAAAUUUUAUAGUUGCUGGUUUCACAGGGGAACUACUCCUUGCCAGAACUAGUUUGAUACUUGAGAAAUUAUAGACACAGACAUACACAUAGCUAUUAAUUUAUUGUAGCUUUACUAGGACCCAGAGUAUGUUGUAAAGGCUGAGUUAUAGUGAAUAAGGUCUGAGAACCUAGAAGUCUGUCAUGGGAGAGGAAAGAGGAAAAGACCGAAGAAAAUGGGACAGACUGAAGAAAAAGCAUUGGGUUUUUUUUUUAAAUUUUAUUUUAAUGUAUCUUUUUCAAAGCCUUCUUUGGAGCAUUAUUUGCUCUUAGUUGCUUUUGUCUGUAUAAUGAGUUUGAAAAGUUAAAUGAAGGCUGGAGGCCAGUUCGUAUGUGCUCACUGCCCAAUGCCUGAUAACUAUCUUUCCCCUGCCCAGUUCUUUCCUGCCUUGAUGGCGAACAGGUUUAUCAUCCUUGGGGAUAAACAAUUGGUACAAUUGGCAGCUUUUAAAGGCUGCUUCUAAACCUCUGCCAUGGAAAGGUUAUGUGGGAUGACAUGCCCAGUACAGUUUGAGAUAGGAAUAAAGCAAAGCAAAAACCAGAUAGCGUCUACCUAGCUGGUUACUAAAAUAUGUGAAGCAGUUCCUGAUUCUUUAAAACUUGCAAUGCAUUACUUUCAAGAAGGCCUGCCUAAAAUUAUGAAGGAGAGGUAUGUUGCUGAAGGGAUCAGGCAGCACUUCAAAUUGCCAAAGCUUUGAAGAAGACCCAAGUUCUUCAAGCCCACAUGGAAGUAAAAGCAUUGGUCCUUGGGGAGAUCCAUGGAAUGGCCCCACUAGCCUCUUCUGCCUGUUGCAAUUUAGCAUCAUGUUGAUGUGCUUGCUCUAUUUAGGAACUGAGAGCAUAGCUGCCGGUGCUGCUACUGAUGCACAAUAUUGACCCCACAUUAAAUUCCAUAUGUUCAGAAAAUGAGACAAGAGAAGGAGCACAUGAAACUUUUUGCCCAUUGAUGGAAGUACGUGAGUUCUCAUGAUCUAAAUCUACAAGAGCCAGCCUGGUUGCCAAUCCUUGGUUUGGAAAACUGCAAUCUGAAUGGCUGACAACUUAUUGAAAGCAAACAUCUCCCACUUGAUAUGAAUUUUGGAGUGGGGUGGAGGCUAAUUAGAAUGAUGCUCUCUUGUGGUCAUAAAAGUGGAUUUCAGCCAGUACCCGGGAGUGGAAAUGGGCUGGCUUCUGAAAAAGGUAAUGCUAUCCAAUAUUUGAGGCUCCUUCUGUCCUGCAAGUCAUGGGCCAUAGCAACUUCUCUCUCUGUAGCAGAAAGAGUUGCACAUAAUUUGUUGUGGGAUCCAAUCAAAUGUACAACUUUCUGAAUCCUCUGCUGUGUCUGUACUUUGUGAACUUGGCACUCUGACUGGGUUUCCUUGUAUAACCUGUCAUUGUAAUUCAUUACUUUAAACAACAAAUUAACAAAACAUUUACAAAUAAAGAUCCUUAAAGUGG